AUGAUUUUGCCUGUCCAGAACUAUGAAGAGUUGAUAUAUUAAUUUGAUCCAGCUACUAACGGAAUUGAUGGUUAACAUUAUAUAGUAAAUCUUAGGGUGGGAAAGUUCUACAAAUUCAUCUAUUUUUGUUACCUAAGAUGGCCUAACUUUAUAUGGAGGAGAUUCUCCUUAAAUUAGCAGAAUUUUCUUAGAUUUAAACCCUCAUUAUCAAGUAAAAGUGAAAAUGGAAUUUUGGUUGUAAUGAUGUUUUCAUUAAAUAAGAACUUAAUAAAAAAGUCCUGGACAAAUAAUUAUGUAAUUAGAUGAGAUCUAGGUAUACACUCAAUCGUAUGACGGUCUUACUAUGUCAAAAUUAAAGGGACCUACUCCAAACGGUUUUUAUUUUGACACAAUAAUAUCAUAAUAUCCAGGGAAAAAAAGAACUUCUUCAAUUUAAAUAGAAGUACAAGGAUAAGUAUAUCAUUACAUUUAUUUAAGACUUAGUGUGGAAUUAGAACACUACAGUAUUACAUUGAAAGAUGUCCAUCAGGAUGUGAUGCUUGCGACAAUUUUGAUUAUUUGGCUUGCAAAAAAUGGAGAAUUUUUAGCUUAAAUUUUAACUAGUAUCUCUUCUCAAGUCUAUAAGGAUGGGCUACACAAUUUCCUUGGUCUACGUAAUAAUUUAAUUUAUGUGCUAAUUGUCAUUUUCUUUAACAAAAUGGGAUUUAAUAUUUUGGAGUAUUACCUCCUCAUAAAGGAAUAAUGUUGAGAUUUUAUCGGUAGUUUACUAUUGGUGUUUGGAAUAUCUAAAUCAAUGGAUUGAAAAACAUAGUCUAAUAGCCGACAGGCUUUUUUUAGGGUGAAUUAAUAAUUAAUGAUCACAUAGCUACAAAUUUAUUUAUUGAAUUUGGAUAAGGGUAUAUACGAGAUAUUGAAUUGUAUUAUUAACUGGAUGACAUAUAUUUGAAUCUUGAAAUUCGUAAUUGCUAUUCUGUUAUAAAUAACGAUUGUGUUAGUUGCUUAGAUGGAUGGGAAUUUGAAGAAAUCCAAAACGAAUGUCAUCCUUUAUGCGGAAAUCAAAUGAUUUAAGGGCUUGAAGAAUGUGAUGAUGGUAACGAUAUUCAAAAUGAUGGAUGUUAUGAGUGUAAAUUUAAAUGCGAUGUCAAUUGUACGUAUUGUGAAUUUGGGAAAUGUCAAAAGUGUGAAAUGGGAUAUAUUAUAUUGAAUAAUGAAUACAAUUUUCCCUAAUGUUAUCAUGAAAUAAAUAAUUGUCUUGUUUUAGAAGAAUAUAAAUGUAAGGAAUGCAAAGCUGGAUAUUUAUAGUUGAAUGGAUAUUGUUAUCCACAUUGUGGAGAUGGUAUUUAAAUAUUAGGAAUUGAAGAAUGUGAUGAUGGAAAUUCAAUACCUUUUGAUGGCUGCUUUAAUUGCACAUUUUAAUGUCAGUAAAAUUGUAUAAUUUGUUUUGAAGGAGUAUGUAAUUAAUAUUGUGAAGAGGGUUUUAUACUUAUGGAUUCGUCCUGUAUCCCUAUAUGUGGAGAUGGAAUUAUAACAAAUCUGGAAGAAUGUGAGGAUGACAAUAAUAUACCAUAUGAUGGUUGUUAUUUAUGUGAAUUCUCAUGUCCUUUGAAUUGCUUAGAAUGUUAAAAUGGGUAUUGUCUAUAAUGUAAUACUAAUUAUUAAUUAUCUUCAAAUAAUCAAUGCAACAUCAUUGAAUAUAAAGAAUUUGAUGAUUACAAUAAUGAUCCACAAGAUGGCGGUCAUCAAUUCUGGGUCGAAUUAGAUUAGGUGUGCAGAAGACUCAAUCAAGACACCAAUAGUGAAUGCUCAUAUUUUACAUAACCAAAAUUGCUUAUUCAAUACAAAAAGAUGCUCUGGAAUAAAUAAUAUGUGACACUUACCUUUAGUUAACCAGUUAAAGUUGGAUCAAAUCGAAUGCUUUUCGAAGAAUUUACUUAUUCAAUAUUAAAUUUACCUAAGUCCUAAUAUAUCAUUAAAACAUAAAGUAGCCAAGAGAUUAGCAAUUCCGUAAAAAUUAUCGAGCAUUAGUUGGAAAUUGAAAUAUUUAAACUUUUGGAAUUCAAACCUGUCUUAAAUAUUAAUUUCCCCUAAGAAAUUAUUAAUCAAUAUGGCUUCAGCUUUAGUAAAACAUAUAAUACAACUUUAUAAAUUCCAACUUAUUUAGAUGAAAAAUAGACAUAUUACUCAGAAAUCAUUUAAAGGGUGAAUAGAUAUGCACUUUAUUCAUAUGGUGGAGUUAGCAGUCUAAUGAUAAUUUAAGGAAGAUAUGAAAUUUUAAUUGAAAUAAUCAACUUGCUUUAAUUUUAAAAUUAUCUUAAAUACAUCAAUGUGAAAUUUCCUUAGAACUUACUUCUCUAUUUUGAGUCUUAUGAUUUGUUAUCUAUUGAAGCAAUGUAUUAGUUAUUAAAUAUUGAGCAAUUAGAAGGAGUGUUGCUUUACAAGGAAUUCAAAGAAUCAUCAGGAAAAUUCCAAUUUUAUAAAUAAAAUGCUGAUUUAUUAUCAAAUCUCGAAUGGUAAAUAAUCCAAUCUUCAUUUUAUAUACUUUUGAUUUUAUUAUCAAUUGGAACUAAAAAAUUUAUUCUAUCUAAUUAUUUCAGAACCAGAAUAUAUACCCAUUUGAGUUAAUGGAAAAGCAAUUCAGGAAAAGAAAUCUCAAUUAAAUUUGUUUUGUGGUUUUAUAAAAAAUGUUAAUAAUUAAUUGGAGUCGUAGAUAUCUUUUCUAAAAAUGGAUUAAAAACUAUUUUAUUAGCAAAUGGAUGGGAUCUGAUAUUUAAAGGAAUGCUUUACUUGAAAUAUUUGCUAGAUAAUGAAUUCAGAGAGAUCUUUUCUAUCGUGCUAGCUUUGGUUCUAAUAUCUUUUUAUAUAAUUUUUAUCCUUAAUUCAAACGAUUUAUACCCUUAAAAUAAUUUGAUUAACUAUAAAAAUUUAAAAGAAAAAAGACUUGAAGUUUUUAAAUUAGGAAUUUCAUUUUGUUUCAUAGUCUUCUUGAUAUUUCUAGAAAGUUCAGAAAUUUUAUAGUUAGGAUUGAUUUCCUUAAUUAAUCUUAUGUAAUUAAAAUUAAUUUACAACUAUCGAAAAAUUAUCAGAUCAUAUGUUAUAUAAAUGGCAAUUUAAAGUUCAGUAUUGAUUUUUACAUUGAGCUCUUUUAUUUAUAUAGAAGAAGCUAGCAAAUUUAUUAACGAAGAUUUUAAAAUAAAAUGCGGUUGGCUCCAUAUGUUUUUAUUAUCUUUUGGUGUAUUGAUUGAAAUAACCUCGAUGAUUAUUGAGUAAAUUUAAUAUUACUUUGGAAUGUGUAAUAAAAAGAAACACAACAAUAUUCAAUAAGAUUAAUUCAUUAUUAUGAAUUUGAUAAUAUGA